AUGGCUCCUGUGGAUGUCGACGCUCUCAUCAAUCCUCCCACUCCGACGGCCGCGGCUGCGUUAAGCGUCGUUCGCGCAUACUCCACCCCCGCGCUGGUCAAUCACUGCCUGAGAUCGUGGAUAUGGGCAUCAUCCCUCGCGCAGUCCAAGGGGAUCGCUUUCGACCGCGAGCUGCUAUACGUCGCCACGAUGCUUCAUGACAUCGGCGUCACUCCUCAUUUCGACUCGCACACUAUCGCCUUCGAAGAGGCCGGAGGUGCAGUCGGUCGCGUCUUCGCAGCCGGCGCGGGCUGGCCGGAGCACAGACAGCGUCGUGUUGCAGAGAUCAUUGAGAGGCAUAUGUGGCCAUCUGUGGAUAAGGACUUCGAUCCUGAGGGUUACCUGCUGGAAGUUGCUACGUCUUUGGACGUGUCGGGCGUUGCGCCGGAGAUGUGGGAUGCACAAUUCCGCAAGGCCGUUGUUGAGGGGAUCCCUCGCCUCGACUUCUCGGAGACUUUCGCGCACUCAAUUCACGAGCAGGCGGUUCGAAAGCCUACAACGGAGGCGGCGCGGUUGGAUGGGUCAGGGCGUGUUGUAUCUGGCGGAGAAGCUUGGGAUCAAUUUAUACAAGACCCCUAG